GGCCGGCCCGCCUCCUCCGACGGGCGGUCCGGUCAUGGCGCGGAUUCUGAUCGUAGGCUCGGGGCUGACAGGUAGCCUGUGCGCUGCGCUUUUGCGCGCCGAGUUUCCCCAGCGGCUCCUGCGCGUCGUGGUCUGGGACAAGGCGCAGGGCGCAGGGGGAAGAAUGACGACGAGCCGGAGCGCUCACGAUCCGAAAUGCACGGCUGAUCUGGGUGCCCAAUACAUCACGCGAAUGCCCGACAAUGCAGAAGAGCAUCAGAGUUUUUAUGAAGAUUUGUUGGCUCAUGGGAUCCUGAAGCCAUUGACUGCCCCGAUAGAAGGAAUGAUGGUGAAGGAAGGAGCAGAGAACUUCGUAACACCCCAAGGAAUUUCAUCCAUUGUUAAACACUACUUAAAUAAGGCAGCAGACGCAGAUGUCUUCUACAAUCACCAUGUUACUCAGAUCUGCCUCAAAGAUGGAAAAUGGGAAGUGGGCAUCAGUACAGGUUCUUCUGACUGCUUUGACAUAGUUAUUCUUACAAUGCCUGUCCCACAGAUCCUUCACCUUCAAGGGGAUAUUGCAAAUAUAAUUAACAAAUGUUGGAGGCAGCAGCUGGAGUCUGUGAGCUAUUCCUCUCGCUAUGCUCUGGGCCUUUUUUAUGAAGCUGGCACCCAUCUUGAUGUCCCUUGGGUGGCACAGUACAUCUCCAAUAAUCCCUGCAUACGCUUCAUCUCCAUUGAUAAUAAGAAGCGUGGUAUAGAAUCACCUGAUGUCGGUCCAUCCAUCGUUGCCCAUACUACUGUAUCUUUUGGAACUGAAUAUUUGGAAUGGGACAAGGAAAAGGUCCAGCAGUUGAUUGUAGAUGAAUUGAAAGCCAUGAUACCUCAUUUGCCUGAACCAGCAAGUAUCAAAUGCCAGAGGUGGAGAUAUUCUCAGGUUACAGAAGCAUACCCUAGAAGUCCAGGACAAAUAACUCUUCACACAAAACCUUUUCUUGUCUGUGGAGGUGAUGGAUUUAUUCAUUCCAACUUUGAUGGGUGCAUAGAUUCAGCCAUAAGUGUUGUGAAGGCUUUAAAGGGCAGUUUGUAGGAUUUUCAUUGUUUUCUUCCCCAAUAUCAGUUUAUUUUUAUGAUGAAUUAUACACUGAUAUACCAAUGUAUAUGUGCUUGACCUACUCGUCCUCUGUUUUAAAGAAAUAAAUCAUGGAAGUCUUCAAA